AUGAGCAGAAAGAAGUUCCAUCUUCCUAUUAUAUAUGUUACCGCAUUCAUUCUCAUUGUUUUGCUCCGUUUAUCCGGGAGAGUCACCUCUACUGACGAUUACGCCGAUCCACGGACGGGUGAUACGGAACCAGCAGCGGAUACAGGCGCGGAGGCUGGGACAGAGCCAGGCACGGGGACAGGUGCGGAGGCUGGCACGGGGACAGGCGCCGAGGCUGGCACGGGGACAGGCGCCGAGGCUGGGACGGAUACAGGCACGGAGGCAGGGACGGAGGCGGGGACGGAUGCUGAUGCGGGGACUGAGGCGGACGCGGGAGGCGAGGAGGAUGCGGGGACGGAUGACGAGGAAGGGACGGACGAAGAGUCGAAUCAGCCGGCUAACCCUGCUGCCGUUCAGCUCCUAACACAGAUGUUGUUUGUACAAUUUAGAAACAUGAGUACAUUUCUUGGCCCCGACAUACGCAGUAAAUUGGAUUUCUGCAUCAAGGAUGUAGAUGCAGAAUGGAAUUACGCUUUCAAUUUCUCCUCGGAUCCUCAAUUCAUGUCUAAUUGCAUACAGAAAACGAAAGGUAUGAAUGAUUACACCAUAAGUUUAGCACAUGAGUUAACUAGGAUGGGAAUCAUACCUCGAAUGGAGAAAUCUGUCAUGUGUUUCCUUGUUCUUGUCAUGUGA